GUGGCGGCCAGCGAGUCCGGCGAGAGCGGCGGCGGCAGGUGGCCCCGCGCGCGGCGGCCGGCCCGGCCGGGGGCGGGCGGGAAGGUGGCGCCUCGGGCGGGGGCCGGUCCCUGCACCAGGUGACCUGUUCCGGCCCGGAUCCGGGCGGCCUCGCCAUGAAGCGGCGCGGCGCGUGGCUCAGGCGGCCGCGGCAGCAGCAGCAACAAGCCCUGCCUCCCGCGGUCGGUCCCCGGGCCGUAGCCAUGACCCCCCCAAGCGGCGGCGUCCCCCAGGACCUCGGCAGCCGCCCUGCCUGCGCGCUGUUCCUGCUCUGCUACCUGAAUUUCGUACCGUCUUGGGGCCGUCAGACCUCCCAGACAACGGCGGUGAUGCCCAAAGCGGAGCAGAGCAUGGUUUACAAGGACUUCAUCUACUUCACUGUCGCCGAAGGGAACGUGCGCAACAUUUCCGAAGUCUCCGUUGAGUAUCUGUGCUCUCAGCCCUGUGUCGUCAAUUUGGAAGCUGUCGUCUCAUCCGAGUUCAGAAGUAGCAUUCCCGUGUACAAAAAAAGGUGGAAGAACGAGAAGCACCUCCACACCAGCAGGACGCACCUGGUCCAGGUGAAGUUCCCGAGCAUCAUGGUGUACAGGGACGACUUUUUCAUCCGGCACUCCAUCUCCGUGUCCGUGGUGGUCCUCCGCGCCUGGAUCACCCACACGUACGGGGGCGGGGACGUGCACCUGAAGUGGGACAAGGACUUGCUGCACGCUGUCGCAAAGAAUUACACUCUGCUGAAGGCGGUCCCUCCUUUUGAGCGCCCAUUCAAAGACCACCAAGUGUGCCUCGAGUGGAACAUGGAUUAUAUUUGGAACCUGCGGGCAAACAAGAUCCCCCAGUGUCCUCUGGAAACUGACGCGGUCACCCUCCUGGGCUUUCUCUAUGCCUCCAGUGGAGAGAACACAGGCAUUGUGAAGACGCUGCCGAGGUUUCGGAACCGGGAGCUGGAGGCCACCCGACGCCAGCGGAUAGACUACCCUAUGUUCACUGUUUCACUGUGGCUUUAUUUACUCCAUUAUUGCAAGGCCAGUCUCUGUGGGAUUCUGUACUUCGUGGAUGCUGAUGAGAUGUACGGCACGCCGUCUGUAUUUCUUACCGAAGAGGGCCUCUUGCAUAUUCAGAUGCAUCUUGUCAGAGGAGAAGACCUUGCUGUGAAAACGAAAUUCACCCUGCCUUUGAAGGAGUGGUUUCGCCUGGAUAUCUCGUUCAAUGGAGGCCAGAUAGUGGUGGCGGCCAGCACCGGGCAGGGUUUGGAAAGCCAGCACAAUCAGACCAUUAGCUUCCGGGAGGAUUUCCAUUAUAACGACACUGAAGGGUGCUUCAUUGUCGGAGGGAGCAGGUAUGUGCCCGGCAUCGCAGGGUUUUUCGGACCCCUGAAAUACUAUCGCCUCCGCACGCUGCACCCUGCACAGAUUUUUAACCCGCUCCUUGAGAAGCAACUUGCUGAACAAAUCAAGCUCUAUUAUGAACGGUGUGCAGAGGUUCAAGAAAUAGUGUCUGUGUACACAUCCACAGUACAGGAAGGGGCCGGGAGCCAAGACACGUGUGACCUGCAGAACUCCUACCUAGACCUGAGGCGCAGGUACGGGAGACCCUCGGCGUGCAGAGCCUUCCCCUGGGAACAGACGCGGAGAGCCCAGCACGCCAGCUUGUUCCAGGCCCUGCUGGAGACAGGGCCACGGCACCCGAAUGAAUCUCUUUUGGAAAUCGGCGGGAUGAUAUUUGAAAAGGCUGUGAAGAGACUCUCUCGCGUGGAUGGUCUUCACCAAAUGAGUUCUGUCGUCCCCUCCCUGAUGGAUUCCAGCUGCUGUGGGUAUCAUAAAGCAUCCUACUACCUCGCAGUCUUUUACGAAACUGGAUUAAACAUGCCUCGGGAUCAGCUGCAGGGCAUGUUGUAUAGUUUGGUUGGAGGCCAGGGCAGUGAGAGGCUGUCUUCAAUGAAUCUUGGGUACAAACACUUCCAGGGCGUUGAUAACUACCCCCUGGACUGGGAGCUGUCCUACGCCUACUACAGCAACAUUGCCACAAAGACGCCCCUCGACCAGCACACGCUGCAAGGAGAUCAGGCCUAUGUUGAAACCAUUAGACUAAAAGAUGAUGAGGUACUCAAGGUACAAACCAAAGAAGAUGGAGAUGUCUUUAUGUGGCUGAAGCAUGAAGCUGCCCGAGGCAACGCGGCAGCGCAGCAACGACUGGCCCAGAUGUUGUUCUGGGGGCAGCAAGGCGUGGCCAAGAAUCCCGAAGCGGCCAUCGAGUGGUACGCCAAGGGGGCCCUGGAGACCGAGGACCCUGCGCUGAUAUACGACUAUGCCAUUGUGCUGUUCAAGGGUCAAGGAGUGAAAAAGAACAGACGGCUUGCCUUGGAGCUGAUGAAGAAAGCAGCAUCCAAGGGAUUGCAUCAGGCAGUCAAUGGUCUAGGAUGGUAUUACCACAAAUUCAAGAAAAAUUAUGCCAAGGCAGCCAAGUACUGGUUAAAAGCAGAAGAAAUGGGGAACCCGGAUGCUUCCUAUAACCUUGGAGUCCUGCAUUUGGACGGUGUUUUCCCAGGAGUCCCUGGAAGGAAUCAAACUCUAGCUGGCGAGUAUUUCCAUAAGGCUGCACAAGGCGGACACAUCGAAGGGACCCUGUGGUGCUCUCUCUACUACAUAACGGGCAACCUGGCAACAUUCCCUAGAGACCCCGAGAAGGCUGUCGUAUGGGCAAAGCACAUCGCCGAGAAAAAUGGCUACCUGGGCCACGUCAUUCGGAAAGGCCUCAAUGCCUACCUGGAGGGCUCAUGGCACGAAGCUUUGCUGUAUUACGUUUUAGCUGCAGAAACUGGAAUUGAAGUGUCACAGACAAAUUUAGCACACAUCUGUGAGGAGAGGCCCGACCUGGCUGAGACGUACUUGGGUGUGAACUGCGUUUGGAGAUACUAUAAUUUCUCUGUUUUCCAAAUUGAUGCUCCUUCAUUUGCAUAUUUGAAAAUGGGAGACCUUUACUACUAUGGCCACUCAAACCAGUCGCAAGACCUGGAACUGUCCGUACAGAUGUACGCCCAAGCGGCGCUGGAUGGAGACUCACAGGGAUUUUUUAACCUGGCCCUGCUGAUUGAGGAAGGUGCUCUAAUCCCACAUCACAUUUUGGAUUUCUUGGAAAUUGACCCAACUAUCCAUUCGAAUAACAUCUCCAUCCUCCAGGAACUGUACGAAAGGUGCUGGAGCCACAGCAGCGAGGAGUCCCUCAGCCCCUGUGCCCUGGCCUGGCUCUACCUGCACGUCCGGCUCAUCUGGGGUGCUGUCCUGCACUCUGCUAUGACCUGCUUCCUGGGGACCUUCCUGCUGUCUGUGCUGAUCGCCUGGACCCUGCAGUAUUUCCAGUCCGUCUCAGCCAACGGUUUCAACCUGACGCCAGCCGGGCCCUCCCCAGGCCCCACCGCUCCCACUGCAAGUCCAGCUGUGACUCCAGCUGCAGACGCCUCUGCUCAGGACCAGCCCCCCGUCACCAGUAACCCAGAGUCACGCAGGUGAUGUGUGCGCUCCAGGUGUCUCCCAGGAGAGAGACUCCUUUCAACAGGUGGCAUUGGAAAGCAGAGGCCACGCAUUGUACUACUGAUAAACCCCUUGGACGUCUUGUCAGGUGGAUGUGACAUUUGCACUUGGUGUCUUUUUUAAUCAAAUGACAGAGUACCCAGAGCAGACAGUGGUACUAAAGGCAUUCAAGCAAAUACAGGGGACAGCCUGGUCAUAGGGGUGCGUCGGGAGGUUAGCACGUCGGCGACGACCAUUCCUGGCGAUUCCGUGGGUCAGAAGUCACAGUUGGCCCUGCAUUGUAUCCCACUCCCUGUGGACGGGACACGUUUUCAGAAUCUUAGCCCCUUGUUCAUUCCCUUUCAUUCAGUAGCAGAAAAACGGUGACUUUUCUACAGGUUAGGUAAUGUUCCGGUACAUGUGUUUGCCACAGCCUGGCCGAGGUUAUGGCUGGGAGUACAGGGAAGGUGGUGGCUUUGUAAAUUGGUUUACAUUUUUCUCCUCGGAUUUUUCUAGGGUCGUAGUGCUUCUGAAUCAUUCAAUGACAUGGUUGGACGUCAGUUACUAUUCAAUUGCAAUCCAUAAAAUAACAUUUAGAAAAUUCUUAGUAUUUAAGUAUAGCCUUCUCCAUGAAUUGCCCAUUAGGAUAGACUGGCAGCGAUGGGACAUGCAGGAAAAAAGCCUUUAGUUCCCAGGCACCCCCACCCUUCAUGCCUGCCUGAGUCCCUGUAGGGGUGUGUGUGAGUGUGCGAGUGUGUGUGUGUGUGUGUGUGUGUGUGUGUGUGUGUGAGGAAGGGCACAUUGUGCACUGGAUGCUGCUACGGUAGUGAAUAAAUUGGUGUUGCAAUAUUGUGGGUCCAAACUACUCUUUGCACUACUUUAUUUACAGUAGUAAAUAAAAAUUAUUUUUAUACCAUUGA